CCUAAGACGCUCUUUUGUGCAGAAUCAUUAGUAGUUUCCAAACCCCAGAAUUCUUCAAGAUGAGGUACCUUUUCGUUGUUGCCCUUAUCGCACUGGCCAUCCAGUGUGCCUCCUCUGCAUCUUCCUCAACAACCACAACUACAACCGCUGCUACCACUACAACCACCACCACCGAUGCCACAACCACCACAACCGCCUCCUCCACCCACAAGCGCUGUUGGAAGGGCAACAACUGGUGCCACACCCGCAUCCCCAAGCGGAAGUGCAAGCACCCGAAGAGGUGCCACAAGACCGUCGUCAUCGUGACCCACAAGAAGGGUUAGGUGAAGAUGUCGAGAUAGUGACCCCCAGGAAUAAUUAAAUAAAUAAAUAUUGUAAAAUAACA